AUGGCCUCCGACGAUGUUCCAGAUUCGACCGACUGGCUUUCGACGCCGUUGUCUGGCUUUGCCGCCGUGGAAGCCGCCCUGCGCUGCCAAGUAUGCAAAGACUUUUACAAGACACCCAUGAUCACAUCAUGUUCGCAUACGUUCUGCUCACUCUGCAUCCGGAGAGCCCUCUCCAACGACGGCAAAUGCCCAAUGUGUCGUGCGACAGAACAAGAGCUCAAGCUUCGAAGCAACUGGUCGAUGGAAGAAACAGUGGAAGCCUUUUCCAAGGCGCGGACGGCGGCGCUGAACCUUGCGCGGGAUCAGGGAAAUAGGGGUCAAUCACCGAAAAGGAAAGCCGUCGAGAUGUCGUCCGAUAUACACGAGCCUCACGAACCCAAGCGAUUGCGCACAUCGGCUAGAUUGAGCAAAAGCAGAGGGGAGCAGUCAGUGGCAGCUAUCCCGGUUCAAGAAGUUGAGGAUCAGGUUGUCCCUGAUUCAAAUAAUGACGAUGAUGACGAAGAAUAUGUACCAGAAGCUUCGGGUGGCCUUGUUCCAUGCCCAUCCUGCAAUAAAAAGAUGAAAGAGUGGCAGGUAUUUGGGCAUUUAGAAUCCUGUCCCGGCCCGUCAGCAGCAAACAAUUCAAAUAACACUGCCAACUCCGAUAAUACCUUUUCCUUCGGGCAGUCUCACCGGAGACAACAAAAGACGCUGGAUAGGCUACCUCCCCUCAACUAUUCCAUGUUGAAAGAACAAGCACUGCGAAAGAAAAUGGCGGACCUGGGCAUCUCUAACCAAGGGCCCCGCAUUCUUCUCGAAAAGCGCCAUAAAGAGUGGCUGACAUUAUGGAACGCAAACUGCGAUGCCGCUGUCCCGAAGAAGCGUUCAGAGCUGCUGCAUGAUUUGGAAGGCUGGGAGCGUACCCAGGGCGGCCGAGCGCCAACCACGGGGCGAGCGAUCCAAACUGCGGCGGUAAUAAAAGACAAGGAAUUUGAUGGAGCGGCUUGGGCAGCUAAGCAUGAUACUUCUUUCAAGGAUCUGAUUGCGAGCGCUCGGAAAAGUCGACUGGACGCAAAGAAGAAGACGGAAGAGGCUGAACAAGUGACUGGCGACCAGGCACAGAGUUCAGUAAAUCAGUCUCUAGAUCUGAUGGUCAUUUCGUCUUCUCAACCACCUGGUGGUGAUCCAUCGGCCCGAACAGAAAAAGAAAGCUCCGAAACUGCAUCAAGGAUGGAGUUGUUGACUUCUUCUCAAGUUUAUCCCAUGUCUCUAGAUGUUUCACAACAACCGAUAAACCCAACACCACCAGCAGAUGCGUCGAGUAGAAGGAGUAUAGCGGAGGCAGACAGAUACUAA